AUGUCCCUCUACCGGUACUGCGCGGCGAGGCAGCUGCUGCAGCGCCACCACGGCAGCCAGCCCCCAGCGGCCGCGGCAGCCGAGGCCUCUGGCUCUGCAGCGGAGGCCAGCGAGGUCAAACCUUCGCGGGGGGCCGAGGCCGCGGCCCCCGCCUCAGAGGCCAGACCGCCGGCAGAGAGCGAAGCCGCGGAGGCCAAGCCCAAGGCCCAGGCUGCGGCCGCCAGCGCCGCCAUCCAGGCUGCUAGGGCCACGCUUGACGCCAGGUUCGACUACAACCAUGGUCAGGGCAGGGGCUACGGGGCUGCAGACAUCUACAACGGGGAGCACGAGCUGCUCAGGAGAUGGAUCGCCAACCCUGAACCUGAAGGCGAGCCGCCGCCGACUGGCCGGCUGCGUGGGGCGGCCGAGCCCGAGGCCAGGGGUUGCAAAGGAGUGGAGUGGAGGUUCCUCUCGGUCAAUUCCAACACCUGGUCGUCGUUCCAGGAUGUGUGUGAGUGGCAGCUGGCCCAAGGGGGCCUCCAGUCGAUCUUCCACAUGGUCCAGGGGCUCUGGGGGCAUCCUGAAUCAGACAAGUUUUGGAGUUCCCUGGAUGGCUACUUCAAGGGGAUCUCGAAUCUGGACACGCGGUGGAGUGAAGCGGAGUGUGCGGCUCGGUUCGGUCUCACGCCCGACCAGCUGGCGGAGGAGGCGGACCGUUUCCGCGGGGAGGAUGAGGAGUCCAAGGAGUCGAGGACCUCCGCGAGCACCAUGCGCCUGAGGGAGGAGCUCGCGCAGGCGGUGCAGGAGGAAAUCGCCAAGGCCAUCCUUCCGCUGCAGGACCGCAUCAACAGCGAGCGGGAGGCGAGGCAGCGUGCAGAGGCUUUGCUGACCAGCGCUCCGAGGCAUGUCGCGGCGGAGUGCAGCUGGCAGCGCUUGAAGGGUAGGCCGCCUUGCGCGCCCUGCGAGGGAUGCCCGAUGCAUAAGCGCUGCGGCGCAGGAGUGCGUGGCGAGCUGUAGAAUCUUCCCGCGCUCGAAAGGAAACCGCGACGCAUUGGCGAUGCGUCCAUUAGCAUGACAUGGCAAUAAGGGGUUCGGAUUCUGUCGCCAGCGUUGAUUUGCGCGCUUGGCAGGGCGCGUAGAAUGCAGCAUUGCCAAAGUUGUUUCAGGCUUGCCAUGGCGCGCGCGCGCCCUAUCUUCCAGCGGAGCUCGAGAGCAGACUUCGCGAUCGGGCGAAUGGUCGGUCGGCCGCUGCUUGGGACGCUCGGGCCCGUGGCGCGCAACUUUCAGGCCGCCCCUCGGCCGACGCGAAGAUGCAAUAGGGAUGGUCAGUUCUUGGUCUUGUCCAUGGAGCUACCUCUUGAAUUUCUACUCGCGGCGCGCUUGAAGCCUGCGCUGUCGCCUUGUGACGGGCGAUAAGAGCA